UCCCCCAUGACAGGAAAUCACUGAGGAGUUCUUAGCUUGUCGGCAUUAUCCUGCAGUAACUGAUAUCAUAUGAGUAGACUUUGAAGAUUGAAUUUUGAGCCAAUGUCUACAUACGCUUGUCUAUACGUCAAAAUAUGUCGAUAGUCACACCAAAGUGUGAUUUGUGGCUGUGUCGCGUCUGUGACUUCGCGAUAUUGAAUUCACGGUUCUGCGCCACAAAAAUUUUCUCGUAUUGUAAUCUGAUUGUAAUACAAGCCCAAGCCUCGAGGUAUGUGUCUUUCCUCUGAAUACUCAUACAAAAUGACUUGGGUCUAAGGUGUAGGCGAAAUGUUUUAUGAGAAUCACAAUGUGGUGGAAGCAGCAACGAGAGAUACUAAUUUUGACACAACUGCAGCUCCCCAAGGCGCAUCAGUAGAGAGUGUCCAAGAGCUAGAAUACGAUGGGGAAGAUGAUGACGAGGAAGAUGAUGAGGAAGAUGAGGAAGAUGACUCCGCGUCUGAGGGCGAUGAUCUACGAGAGGAGCUUGAAGAAGUCCUCGAAGGGGACUUCGAUUUCAAAGGCUCCUAUGCAUACUCUUCUCUGUUUACAGAUGCCCCUAAUCCUGUUCUCGAUAUCACCGGCGUCGGGCCCAUAGGCCUCCCGCUUAGUCCACGCGACGCCCAGUUGAUCAUAACAUCCGCGACGCAGGCCCCGUUCGGGCAUGGGACUGAGACUAAAAUUGAUACGAGUGUCAGGCAUACUUGGGAAAUUGAACCAGCGAGAGUGAGUUUCGGAAAUGCGGUUUGGCAAACGUGGAUGGAGGAGACAGUAGUCAGGGGUGUUGCAACAGCACUAGGCGUCCCAUUUUCCACAACACCCCCAAAGUGUGAAUUGUACAAACUGCUGUUGUAUGAACAGGACUCACAUUUCUUACCACAUCAAGAUACAGUUAAAGCACAAAAUAUGUUCGCGACCAUCAUUGUCGUACUCCCGUCCCCAUAUACCGGCGGCCAAGUCCACGUCUCUCACUCAUCUUCCCAGCAAGUCUUCUCCUUCGAUUCGAAUUCCCUUCUUUCGACCGCCGUCAUGGCCUGGUAUACCGACGUCCAACACGAGGUAAAACCAAUUACCUCUGGCUAUCGUCUCGCCCUCUCCUACAACCUUGUUCAUGUCACCCCUGGUGUCCCUCCUCCCAUCCUUCCGGAUAUGCACUCCUCCAUCAUAUCGCUCCGCCGAGUUUUGAAAAAGUGGCGGACAUAUAAAUACCCUGACAUUGAGCCAAAUAUUAUGUGCCAUAUUCUCAGUCAUAAGUAUAGCCCAGCGGGACUGAGUACCGGGUUCAAGGCUCUCAAAGGAAAAGACUCAUACCUAGUCGCGCAGCUCAUGCCCCUUGCUGCGGAACAAGAGUUUUUCGUCGGACUCGCAAAUUUGACGUACCACCAGACCGGGACAGCAGAUGGUGACGGAGGCUAUGGUAACUACUAUAAACGCAGACGGGGAUAUGGUAGGUACGGGUACUACGGUGAUAGUGACUGUGAUGACGAUGAUGACGAGGAGGUGCCGGGAAUUGACGAGGUCAUUGACACAACUCUUACUGUGGAUAAUCUGUUCGACAUGGCGGGAAACAAACCUGCAGGGAGUAAGAAGAUUUCGUUAGAUCUGGAAAAUUUGGUGCAACAAGAUGCUUUCGAGGAUGUUGAACCUGAUGAAGAUCACUACGAAGGAUAUAUGGGGAACUAUUCUGGCGAGGUGGAACAAUGGUACAGACGCACGGUGCUGAUUAUCAUGCCUGAAGAAAGCGCGCGCAGCAUCCUUUAUACUUCCGAUUAUGCACUAGGAAUUUUACAUCGCGCAGCACUCGAAAGGCCAGGAAAACCUUCUCCGGAGGAUUUAUUGUUUGCGGAUUUGGUGCUCAAUAAUUCCCAGAACUCGCCUGCAACACUUGUUACAAUGGCGCAGUACGCUGUGUCAUGGAAUAAUUUAGAAUUGUGGAAGAAGGUUCUCAGAGCUGGAAACUGGACUGCUUCUUCGGUACUUCCUCCCAAGGAGCUUGUAACAGGGUGGAAGGUAUUUUCCUUUGAUAGUGUCCGCAGCAGUUUUGAACAAAUAGUGCAGAAAGCUCCACAGAUUUCAAGGGGAAUUUCUCUCAUUCGCGACCUGGUUGAAAACGGACCCCAGGAAGAUUGUCAAAUCGCUCAACAAUGGGCUGAACAAGUGAUUUCACAAUUACUGACAACUUUAGAGGCACCCACGGUUCAGGAUGUCUCUCUUUUGAUUGAGACGGCGAGGAAGCAGGGCUUGUCAUAUCUCACCUGCACACUAAUUCCCCGAUUGGAGAAGAAAUCUGGUCUGCAUGAUUUUUGGUUGGCAAUGAUCAAGGAGUUAGAGUCCAAUCGGACUUAUUUCGUUUCACCACCGGAGGCGGAGGGUUCUUCCACUUCCGAGACUCAAAAUCAAUUCGAGAAUACGAAGAAACGCUGCUUAGAUAUCGUCGUAUGCAACUGGGAACACGGUAUUGCCGACCCACCUCCUGUGAAUAAUACGCCAUACUACUCCCACAGACCUCGACCUCCUCCUCAAUCUCCAGUUAAUCACACAACGCGUGUCAUCCAGAUUCUGGAUCUUUGCAUCGACGUAGGGGUUCUGGAUACAUGCAAAGUAUUGCUCGGACUUGUCAUGAAAAAGAAACCCCCGACGUCUGACAAUUUCCAGACGUUGUAUAGCCCCGUUAUAUCUCACAUCCGACAAAAACUCUUGACCACGAACGACUCGGUUUCCCUCAACUCAGACGUUUUUGUUGACUUUAUGGGGCUUAUCCUACAGACGCUCAAAACUCCGUCGAGCGCGGAUGUACCUUGGAUUAUAGAUAUUGUACGGGCAAAAGGUGCACCAUACAUGAUUCAAAGUUUUGUACCUCGUCUCGAAAAAAACGUAGCGUUGUAUCAUUUUUGGUACCAGUUCAUAACCACACUCGUCAAGGACGAGACAGUCAUCGUGACCAAGUCGACGGUGACUGAUCCUGACUCAAAAAACUCAGUCCGUAAGUUCAUCGAACGCUGUUUGUUCAUAAUCGUCACAAAUUGGGAGCAUGGGCUGACGGACCCAGUUCGUGCGCGCGCCUAUCCCUAUUAUCAAGCUCCUACUGCUGUAUCACCAUCUACCUCCACCCCUUCGCGCAUCACUGAGCUUGUCGAACUUUGUUUCCUGGCGCGAUUUCUUGAUCCGUUGACCAGAUUAUGGUCACUGCUCGCAAAAGCGAAGCCCUUAACGUUGCAGGAAAACUUUCAAACCAUCUACAACCCGCUGAUUCCACAACUUCGUCAACUUCUGAUGACCAAGAACCUUGAUAUCUCCUCGUCUCCAUUUUUAGAGUUGAUUCAAGUUGUGCUGGGUUCCUACUUGCGGUUCGUUUUGGGGGCACGACCUAAUCCCAAUGCCCUUGUUCCGGCUCGAAAGCUUGGCUGUGGAUGUUCCGACUGUCAAGUUCUGGACAAUUUCUUGAUGUCGAAAUCUCUUGAACAAACUUUCCGGCUCGUGCAGGCAAGAAGAACUCAUUUGGAGAGACAACUGUACUCUGGACGGGAUCUGGUUUCAUUUACGACGAUUCGAUCUGGAAGUCCUCAUGGGCUUGUUGUGAAGAAGAACCGGCAGGUUUCAGACUAUCAGUCUUGGAUGCAACGACAGAGCCAAACAAAGACGUUCUUGGGCACAAUCGGGGAUGGAAAUAUGCUCCAGAAGAUCGCUGGCCACCGGUAUGGAGAUGUCCUGACGGCUUUCGAGGGUAAACAACAGUUUAUGUUACCAUGGAAUAGCGUUGCCUCUACUUCCGCGAGUACCCAUCAUUCUUCCUCCGGUGCAACGGGAAGGACCCCUUCAACCACCAAUUCCAACCCUACGGCAGCUCCUAUGACCACUUCUCUACAUGGAGCUCCUCCCCCGCAUCUUCACAACCCGGGUUCUUCAUCCACUCGAAGUACGAGCUAUAUGUGGCCGUAUCAGCACGCUUUGUCUGCUUCUACUCCUGCCAUUGUGAUGACGCCAGGGUCUUCGAACCCCAUGCCCAUGAUGACUGGCAGCUCCGCACUCACAGUUCCAGGUACCAACAAGCGGAAGAAGAGCACAAUGGUCAGCAUGGAUACGAUUGACCUGACCGGAGAGGAUUAGUAGUUCGCAGGAUUAGCAGGAUGCAUUGUAUCAUGCCAUCGCGUUUCUCACAAAAGCACCACACCAAUUGCGGUGCAGCAACCUCUGUUUACAUUACAAAAUAUAGCUAACUGUACGAUACUUUGAGACUACUUCUGCAUAUAAUUUCAUAUA